AGCGCAUUGGAGCCUAUUCCCCGGGCGUGUGGGCCAGAGGCCGGUGUGGCUGAAACCAGAGCCCGGGGGCCGCCACCAAACCGGCAGCCACCUGGAUGGGCUUCCUCAGCCAGAGGCAGCUGCCGCCCGAUGGGACGGUGGGACACCGGGGGCCUCUGUGCAGGCCAGGGAGACCCCGGAGGCACAACACAGGCAUCCCCACCCAGGUGCCCUCUCAGGGGGCUGCAGACUUUCAAGGGGAGAGGGAAAGCCCUGAUGCCCAAGUCGGGUCCGAAUUUGCCUGAACAUUCACCUGCCAAAUGACCAACUUGACCCAACACUGUGUGUUUGAAAUUGCAAGAGACUGAGGGAGCGUAAGAAGCGGCGUUUGCUGCAUGUGACAUUCUUUCGCUCGCCCCGAGUCUCUUAGGGGCUCUUGCUUCACCAGCACCGCCGUGGUAAACACCACCCUAGUCCAGUGGCCGGCUCCCAGGCCCUCGGGGGAGGCCUCAGCAUCUGCGUCUGUUGCCAGGGAAAGCUGCAGGGAGGCCGCCCCAGUUGGAGGACAGCCUCUGUCCAGAGUGCGGGAGGCCAGGACACCAGGGCCCCUCAGGCCCCUCCGAGUCCCAGCUCAGCAGCUCACCGGCCUCUCAUCCCCGCUCCCUGCUUGGAGGGCCCCGGGGGACGCCCACAGAGCCGCCAGACUCCCUGUCCUUCUGAUACGGAAAAGAGCAGAGAUGCCCUUCUGAACUUCCCAGCAACAGAGACCCCCUCAGAUUUGCCAAGGUGUCCAAGCAGGACGUUGCACCAAUGACUCAUGAGGGCACCUCUAAUUCUCCCAAGGACCAAAUGAGCUCAACUUUGGGGUGGCAGGAGCCUCUGGACAACAGGGCAGGGACAGAAUGCCCGAGGGACCAGGAUGACAUUCUUCUGUGUGAGGAUGUGCAGCAACAAGAUGAGGAUCUGUCAGCUGAAGAAAUAAUAUUUUUGAGAGAGUUUCCCAUCAUCAAGGAAGAGCUAGAAGUGAACAUCAGGAAGCUCCAUGCCCUUGCAGACAGCAUCGACACAACCCACAGAACAUUCACCAAGACCAACAUGGUGGCCACCUCCCUCACUGUGGUCUCAGACGCCAUGAGCAUGCUGGGUCUGGUCCUUGCUCCAGCAACAGUAGGAGGAAGUCUGGCGCUCUCUGCUGCUGGUAAAGUUUUGGGGACAGCAGUCGGGUUCACCAGCAUCUUCAUCAACAUCAUGGAACACCGUCAAAAUCAAAAAGCCCAAACUCACGCCAGCACCCUAGUGCCCACCCAUGACCAUGAGGUCAACGAGGCUCAGGGAAAGAAAGUCUUCUACGUCCUGAGUGUCGGAAAGAAGGCCUAUGAUUAUGGAAGUAACAUCAGUGAUAUUAAGAAGAACAUCCGUGCCUGUCAGAUAGCCAGAGCCCACCCGCGUCUGGCCACUGCUGCCAAGCGUCUCCUGACCACUGGCCAAGUCUCAGCCCGAAGGAGCAUGCAGUUGCAAAGGGCCUUUAAGGGCACAAUAGUGCUGAUGGAGAAAAAUGUUCGCAUGCUGUGUAGUGCUAUGGCUGGCUUCUCCCUCUGCCAGAACGUGGUCACCCUCCGGAGCAACUGGAAGCAACUGAAGGAAGGAGAAGGAAGCAAGAUGGCAGAAGAGCUGAGAGCCCACGCUCAGGAGCUGGAAAGGAAGCUGAUGGAACUCACCCAGCUCUGUGAGAGUCUGCAGCAAAACUCUUCCAAGAGAAAAGGCCAGGGAGCUCAUCUUUGGGCGGAGCCACUGGGUCUCUGGCUUGACCCCCAGGCAGGCGUGGGGAAGCAGGUCCCCAGAAGUUCUUCAGGAGCAGAAUGAUGACAGAAAAAACUCUCUGAAGGCCUGAGAUACUGCGGGAAGCCAUUUGAGAUUUCCUUCCAAGUCAACGUGACUGUGUAGAAUCUUUGUUCAAACCCAAAGCCUGAUUUAUGGCCCGCCACGCAUGCGUCAGGCAUCGUACACGUGCUUUGUGAGUGAGCCACCUGAAGGAAAACCAUCUUGUCCUCGAGGUCAAUCAAUGCUCCUACCCACCCCCCCCCGCAUUCCUUUCUGGUAAACCCGUGAUUCCUGCCUGCGUGCAAAUCUAUAAUCGUUAAAGCUUUUACAAGAUGUAAGAAAGGCUAUCACCCUGUAAACACGGUUCAUUCUCCCCGGAGCCCGUUCUCCCCUGUGAAGAGCGUGUCCUUUCUGCCAAUAAAACUCUCUUUCUUACUUUUA